AGUACACCACAAACCCACACACACACACACACACCCCUUGGAUAGGGGGUCAAAAAACUACCAGGUUUUGGAGGCUCAUUCGGAUCGAGGGGUUAUAUGUGCCACAUCCCCUGCGGCCUUUUGCAGCCUCACGCCAACCUCCCCCUGGCGACCGGACCGGACCCCUCCGCGUGGCGAAAAAGCCGGUGGAGCCAUCCCGGGUUUCGCCGGGAUGGAGACCACGCCGAGCUUGAAGACGUAUAGCUCUGUGGAGAUGUUCUUCAAAAUGUUUGUAGUCACACUUCGAGUAUGCCUGGAGAUGCUCGAGGUGAAGCCACACGAGCAGCUCAUGAACGAAGGGCUUUUGGUGGAGUUUUCACGCCGGUCCAAGGGCGAGGCCAUCUUUGUGUCGCACCAGUGGACUUCGCUGGGCCAUCCCGACCGCUCAGGGGAUCAGUUCCGCGUGCUCCAGGAAGCUCUCAAGCAGGGAGUGCAUGGCAAGCAGCGUUGCAUCCCUGCUGAGCUGCUGAAUCUGAAGGUUCCGCGCCACGCGAAGUCGCAGGAUGAGCUGUUCAUUUGGUAUGACUUCUUCAGCUGCCCGCAGGACCCGGCCUAUGCAAGUUCUUUGAACUUAGCCAUCAACAGCAUUCCAGCAUACAUCGAGCGGUGCAAGUACUUUGUGAUCCUUUCACCGUUUGUGCGGCAUGAAAAUGGCAAGCUCUUGGGAAAACACUCCUGGUCUGACCGGGCUUGGUGCCGGAUGGAACGACUGUCCAGGGCCCUGAGCAAGCAUGAAGAUGCGGGGGUGAUGAUCGAGGUGCAAAGUCCUCAACACCAGAUCUUGGCAGCUACCUUCGACUGGGUGAAAUAUCCCGUGGGCGAAGGCGCCUUUAGCGUCGCCUCUGAUCGGGCCAAGGUGGGCCAGGCAGUGAGAGCUUUAUUGCGGGAAAAGAUGAACUACUACCUUAACACAGGCGAUUUGCACAACUUCAGGGUGAUGAUGAGCUUGCAGGUGGUUUUGUUGAGAGGCCUAAAUGAAGAGUUAGUGGAUGACCUGAUGAUCAUUGAGGAAGGCCUAGAUGUUGUCACGAAGUUCAUGCGACAGAAUGGCCUCAGCACGUUGGAGCGUCAACCAUCGGGCUGGACCCCCAUGUGCUAUGCAGCCCUGUCUGGAGACACCGAGCUUGUAUCCGCUUUGUUGCAGGGCCGGGCAGAUGUGAACGACAAGAUCACGAAGCAUGAUCGCAUCAUGCAAUUCGCGCCGAACACCACCAUCCUGGACAUUUGCUGCUUCCUGAAACACAACGAGUGCUUGAAGCUGCUGUUGGAGGCACACGCCGAUUGUAGCAGGAAGGACGGCUAUGGCGCGAUGGCAUCUCACUGGGCAGCUGUGGGACCCAACCCCGCCGGGCUUCGCAUUUUGAAGGAUCAACAAGCUCGCACGCUCAUGAGCCCCAACAUCUUGGGACUGGCGCCCAUCGACAUGGCCGCUGCAGGAGGACAUGCCGAAAGCAUUCUGGAGCUUCUGGAUUGCGGCGAGCUGAACCUCAACCUGGCCCUGCAUGUGUCGAUCCUCCAUGGAGCACCAUCUCCGGAGGCCGUCGCCACCCUCAUCGAGGCAAAAGCAGAUAUCGAUCAUCAGCUUAGCUUCAGCAGUCUGAGUCCUUUGGGCCUCUUUUUUCGCUUCCUGAAGCUCCGGCACUAUUGGAAGUCAUCGAUGUUGAGUACCUAUGCCUACCACCACUCGAAAGCAACGCCUUUGAUGCUAAGUAUUUGCAGCCAGUCCUACGUGGCCACAGCGAUGCUAGUUGCGGCGGGCGCGCGCUUGGAACUGACGAAUAGUCAUGGCUGCACUGCGGCAGACUUGGCGGAGCGCACCUUGGCCCCUGAGUGGGUUCUCCGUGCCGUGAAGGGGGAGCCACACUUUGUGAGAGCUUGCGAGGAUAUGGUGGAGGAGCAGGGUGCGAAGCUUUGGUUCCGUAUCUGAGGCUGAAGAAAUGUCACAUUCCAGGAAUCCGCGGCCCAUGUAGUUGGACCAAACAUGUUCAACCGAUGAUUUGACAUUGUCUUUAGUCUUUUUGGAUACUGAGUUUGCACGUGCAAACUGCGCCUGAUGGUCAUGCAAGCCCAAGGGUGGAGCAAAUGCCAGACCCCCCGGGCCACUGUUCCAUGUUGUGCUGCUCAUUCGGAGAAAGGUUCGUUUUGAGGCACUGUGUUCACCACCCGAAGGGGUGGCUUUUCGGGCAUCCAAACGCAUGCCGCAUGCCAAAGGCGGUGGGGGCCCAGGAAGAAGCUGUUUUAAGAGGCCAAGAUCCCACCGUUAGCAUGUCGCAUGUGCACAUCAGCAGCGGGGAAGGUGUCACACCGGAGGAAGGGCAAGAACUAUCUUG